GUGACAAUAACUUUAUUUACGCUGUUUCUUUGGCGCGAUUUGAGCUAGUUUUACUCAUCAUCUUCAUCAGUGAUCACUCUUAAAUUCACCUUAAUCACCUCAGUAUUAACCUCUACUUCCCCUGUUUUUAAAAUUUUAUUUGUCAAUAAUCCACACUUUGUAUAAAACAUAAAUUUACCAAAAUGUUUGAAGCUCGUAUGGUACGUGGUUUUAUUAUUAAAAGAAUUCUUGAGGCUAUAAAAGAUUUGGUCUCUGAAGCAUCAUGGGAUUGUUCGACCUCAGGAAUGUCUCUUCAAGCCAUGGACACUUCUCAUGUCUCCUUAGUCUCUGUUUCAUUAAAAGCUGACGGUUUUGAUAAAUACAGAUGUGAUCGAAAUUUAACCCUUGGAAUGAAUUUGGCUAGUUUGGCUCAAAUUGUUAAAGCUGCUGGUAAUGAUGAUGUUAUCACUAUUAAAGCUCCAGAUGAUGCCGAUAAAAUUACUCUUAUUUUUGAACCUAAAAGUGAAACGGAAACCUGGGAAUAUGAGAUAAAAUUGAUGAACCUCGAUUCUGAAUACCUUGGUAUCCCGGAAACUGAUUACAGCGUAAAAAUCAAUUUACCUUCUCAUAAAUUCCAAAGAAUUUGCCGCGAUCUCUCUCAAAUUGGAGACUCAGUUACUAUUUCAGCAGCUAAAGAUGGAGUUAGAUUCUCAACUACAGGAGAUUUGGGUUCCGGAAAUGUUAAACUGAAUCAAACCGCAUCUGCUGAUAAACCUGAUGAGGCUGUUACAAUCAAAAUUGAAGAGCCCAUCAUUCUUUCAUUCGCUCUAAAGUACCUCAAUCAUUUUGCCCGCGCAACUGCUCUCUCUCCUCAAGUUUCUCUUUCAUUGUCAAAAGAUGUUCCUCUAGUCGUUGAAUACGUUAUUCACGAUGAUGAUGAUGAUGAGAUUGGUUACAUCAGAUACUACUUGGCGCCAAAGAUUGAGGAAGGAGAAGAAUAAUCAUGGCUACCGAUAAAGAACAAUUGCACCGCUAGGCAACUCAAAAAGAAAUCAGACAAAUUUCUAGAGUCUAUUCAAUAUUUUUUAUUAUCUUGAGAAAAACAAAUUGAUUAACCAAGUUUUUCUCACCAGCAUUUAACAGAUAUGUGUUGAUCAAAUUGCCAAAAUAAUUAUGAAUAAAAAGCAACUUUGGUAAUGUA